ACACUGUCACCUGUGUAGCUUGAAUACAUGCAUUUAAUGAUAAACCAUUCGUGUAUAAUAUGUGUUCGCAAUUAGUUAGUCAUGUCAGUGACGAAAGUUUUCCUUUUGACUCAUGAAUUUUAAGAGGUGUUUCGAGUGUGGAAUGGAGGUCAAUAUUCUCUUUACUCCGUUUGUUCAACUCUAAUUCACAUAACUAAUCCGUUCUUACGUACGGUUGAUCUUGCAUUUUAGAGAUUUUUUGGGAUUUACAUUGGUGGUGUGCGACCGAGAAGACGCAAGUCAUGAUGUGAUUUUGGGUCCGUAGAUGUUUUGGUUCGUUGGUGUCGUGGUGGCUGAUGGCAGCACAGUUUGCUCCUUUCUAACCUUGUGGUGGCUCUUUAUGUAGCAAGAAAAGAACAAAAAUCUUAAUAAAUGAAAAAAAUGAAUAAUAAAAAUUGUCACGUCUUUUAAUGCUAUUUUGUCACAUAUUUUAGUAUUUUAUAAAAUGAUCGCUUAUUGAUAUUAGUUAAGAUAGACAUUUAGCUAUUUAAAUGCUAUGGACCAAAUUAAACAAUUUUAAUAGAAGAAUGAACCACUUUGAAAAUUGAGAAAAACUUGAGGACCAUCUUAAACAAAUAUAAAAACUAAAAUAGAUAUUAAGUCUUAUUUUAUUUUUUUCUUAUAUACUAAAGCAAUUCGUUGCUGCCAGGAAAAGAAGGUUUAAUAUGGGACUGAAAGCUGGUCCAAUUACAAGUUAAGAAGCUUUGGUAGAGUGAGGGAUGAAAUACAAAGAAUUAAGGCUUGUAAGAUAUCAGCGGUUAUAGAGAAGUUUUAGCUAAAGUGGCAAAAAGUUCAGCCAAAUGCUCCAUUCACCACCAUUUGUUACAUCUCUUCAGCAUUCCCAGAAUCUUCCGUACAAGGUUUUUCAGCACUUCAUCUUCUAUGUUAGAUCUCUGCACCAAGCCCCAGCACCUUCAACAACUCCAUGCCAGGUUCUUCCUCCAUGGCCUCCACCAAAACCAAUCUCUUUCCUCCAAACUCAUGGACUGCUACUCCAAAUUUGGACUCCUGGACUUAAUGCAGAAGCUUUUUUACUCCAUUCAAAACCCAGAUUCUGUUCUCUACAGAGCAAUCUCAAGAAACUUGUAUCAGUCUGGUGAAUAUGACAAGACCCUCUUUUUGUACAAAGCGAUGGUUGGGAAGUCCAUGUACCCAGAUGAAGAAAGUUGCUCUUUUGUUUUGAGAUCUUGCUUUUGUUUGUCUCAUGAACAAGGGAAGAUAGUUCAUGGGCAGAUAGUAAGGCUGGGUUUGGAUGCAUUUGACUCGGUGGGAAGAACUUUGGUAGAGUUGUAUGACAUGAAUGGUUUUUUAAAUGUGGAUGAAGCUGCUGAAGGAAAAUAUGUAAUGGAAUUGAAUUAUUGGAAUAACUUGAUUUCAGAGGCAUCUGAAAAUGGGAAAAUGGAGGAAAGCUUUAAAUUUUUGUGUAGGAUGAGAAAGGAGAAUAUCCAACCUAAUUCAAGUACUGUGAUUGGCUUGUUAAGGUCCACUGUUAAGUUGAACUCUCUGAAGACAGGACAAGCCCUACACUCCUUUGUUGUUGUGAGCAACCUCUGUGAAGAACUAGCUGUAAAUACUGCACUGUUGUCAAUGUAUGCAAAGUUGGGUAGUCUAGAAGAUGCAAGAAUGCUGUUUGAGAAAAUGCCUGACAAGGACCUUGUAGUCUGGAACAUAAUGAUUUCAGCAUAUGCACGGAAUGGAUUCCCCAAGGAAUCCUUAGAACUUGUAUAUUGUAUGGUUAGAUCAGGUUUUAGACCUGACUUGUUCACGGCAAUUCCUGCCAUUUCUUCUAUCACACAGUUAAAGUAUAAUGGAUGGGGAAAGCAAAUGCACGCUCAUGUGAUAAGAAAUGGUUCAGAUUAUCAGGUUUCCAUUCACAAUUCUCUGAUCGACAUGUAUUCUGCAUGUGAUGACUUAAAUUUGGCACAGAAGAUUUUUGGCUUCAUAAUGAACAAGACUGUGGUUUCAUGGGGUGCAAUGAUAAAAGGAUAUACAAUGCAUGAUCAGCCUCUCGAGGCUCUGUCUCUAUUCUUGAAAAUGAAGUUGAGUGGUACUAGAAUUGACUUCAUUAUAGUCAUUAACAUCUUGCCAGCCUUUGCAAAGAUAGGGGCAUUGCAUUGUGUAAGUUAUUUACACGGUUACUCUUUGAAAAUCAGUCUUGAUUCACUCAAAUCCCUUAAGACAUCCUUUCUUAGUAGCUAUGCAAAAUGUGGUUGCAUAGAAAUGGCCAGAAAGCUUUUUGAUGAAGAGAAAAGUAUCCAUAGAGAUAUAAUUGCGUGGAACUCAAUGAUCAGUGCGUAUUCUAAACACGGAGAGUGGUUUAGAUGUUUUCAAUUGUACAGCCAAAUGAAACUAUCGAACAUUGUACCGGACCAAGUAACAUUUCUUGGGCUGCUCACAGCUUGUGUUAAUUCAGGCCUUGUUAGCAAAGGCAAAGAGAUUUUCAAGGAAAUGGUGGAAAUAUAUGGUUGCCAACCUUGUCAGGAACACCAUACUUGUAUGGUUGAUCUACUCGGACGUGCUGGCCAAAUCCAUGAAGCCAAUGAAAUAAUAAAAGCUAUUCCACUGGAGUCAGAUGCAAGGGUUUAUGGCCCCUUGUUGAGUGCCUGUAAGAUGCACUCAGAGACCCGUUUAGCAGAACUUGCUGCUCAGAAGCUUAUAAAUAUGGAACCUAAAAAUGCUGGAAACUAUGUAUUGCUCUCCAAUAUAUAUGCUGCAGCAGGAAAGUGGGACAAAGUUGCUAAAAUGAGGAGUAUUCUUAGAGAUAGAGGACUAAAGAAAACACCAGGUUGUAGCUGGCUUGAAUUAAAUGGACAAGUGCACGAGUUUCGUGUUGCAGAUAAAUCUCAUCAAAGAUGGGAGGAUAUAUACUCAAUCUUAAAUGUACUAGAGUUGGAAGCAGGGGAUAUGGAGAAUGAUCUUAAACUUUUUGACCCUUCUGUCAUUAAGGGGUGUGAAUUGCACAUGAAUCAACAUAACCUAAGACAUAACACGAUAAGUUAAGAUAAUCUAGAUGUCAUGUAAGCUCCACUUUUACCUUGGAGUUGAAGAUUAUAAAUUACAAAAUUUUACUCAUCAGAGAUCUGCUCCACCUGAAAAAAGGGUCAUAAAUGUGUAUUGGUCAUUCCUUUUCAUUUGUUAGGCUGUUUUAUGGCUUUGGAUAAUUUUUUUAAGUGGUAUUUAUAGUAUCAUAAAUGAAAAGAGAAGAUAGUUAUGCACAUUCUGUCAUUUAUUUAUUGUAACUAUAAAGGCAAAGGCGGGUUUUUACGUAUUAGAGGCAUUUUUAUUAACUUGUUG